CAGUUUCAGUUUCAGCGACAGCCCGACCGAGAUCGCCUCCCGCUCUCCAGGACUCUCCAGAACUCACCCAACCGGUCGCCGGUAUAUUUUUAGUUUCCCUUCGGACGCGCUCGAUAUUCCAACUAUUCCGACGCGAUAUUUACGAGUUCGAGUUCGCUUUCUGGAAGGAAAAAUGCCAGUUUGUGAUUGUUUGUGACCUCGACUUUAGGCUCGCUCUCGACGGAUUUUCUAGCGCUUGGGACAGAAGAUAUGCCGCUGUUCAAGCGGAAGCCCGAGAGGAGGAACACCCUCUCGAGGAAGGAGAUCUCGUUGGCACGAUUGGAGAAUUUCCGAAGGGAAGUCAUCACCGAUCAUCACACCAUCAAUUUACAUGAUCUCUGUCGGAAACUCCAAACAGAUAAGGAAAACGGACUGACCCCGGAACAGGCAGCUGCUGUAUUACAGAGAACAGGACCAAAUCAACUCACCCCCUCUCAUCGAGUGCCCGAGUAUAUUAAAUUUAUAAAAACUCUAACGCAAGGUUUUUCGCUGUUACUAUGGAUUGGAGCGGCUCUGUGUUUCACAGCUUGCAUCAUAAGGAUAUUCACCACCCACGAAACGGACACCGACAAUCUUAUAUUAGGAUGUGUGCUCGUCGUAGUCGUCGUUGUUACGGGAUGUUUCAUGUAUUUCCAAGAACACAAAAGUCAGAAAAUUAUGGAAUCUUUUGCUAACAUGGUUCCUCCCAAAGCCACUGUGAUACGAGGAGGAGAAACACUUACAAUCGUUUCCAAAGAUAUCGUAGUUGGGGAUUUAGUGGAAAUGAAAUUCGGAGAUCGAAUACCGGCUGAUAUUAGGAUUAUUCACAGUCAAGGAUUCAAGGUGGAUAAUUCAGCCCUAACCGGAGAAUCCGAACCCCAAUACAGAGGCACAGAAUGUUCCAGUGAUAACAUCUUAGAAACGAAAAACUUUGCUUUCUUUUCAACGAACGCCGUAGAAGGCACAGCUAAAGGUAUCGUUUGCGAGACCGGAGACCGCACCGUGAUGGGCCGAAUAGCCGGCCUGACGGCCCGCCUGCAGCCCAACAAGACCCCCAUAGCCCGCGAACUGGAGCACUUCAUGAAGAUCAUCAGCGUCUGGGCCUGCUUCCUCGGCUUCAUCUUCGGCUCGGCCGCGCUGGCGAUGAACUACUCCUGGAUCGAGGCGUCGCUCUUCCUCAUCGGCAUCAUCGUCGCCAACGUGCCGGAGGGCCUGCUCGCCACCGUCACCGUUUGUCUCUCAGUCACCGCCAAGCGGAUGGCCGCCAAGAAUUGCCUGGUGAAGAACCUCGAGGCGGUCGAAACGUUGGGCUCCACCUCAGUCAUUUGCUCCGACAAAACCGGCACGCUUACGCAGAACAAAAUGACCGUCUGCCAUUUUUGGUGCGACAACAAGAUCAUGAAUGCUGAUGCUACCAUUCAACAGGAUCAAGCCAAGGAUUAUAUCAAAUCCGAAGGCUUCCAGACUCUCAUGCGUUGCGCUACAUUGUGCAACAGAGCUGAAUUCGUGCAUGGAGAAGAAGGCAAACCGGUACUAAAUCGAUUAGUACGAGGAGAUGCAUCCGAAGAAGCCAUCCUAAAGUUCGUAGAAUUGACUCACCUCAACGGAGAUUCCACCGACUUCAGACACAACAAUCCCAAGUUACUGGAAAUACCCUUCAGCUCCGUCACCAAGUACCAGAUCAGCAUCCACGGAAUGGAAGACGGUAGUUGUCUGGUGGUGAUGAAGGGCGCUCCCGAACGAAUCCUGGCCAGGUGCUCGAAGAUGUUCACCUCGAAAGGAACGGAGGAGAUGACGGACGAGAUGCGCACCAAUUGCGACAGAGCCAUGACGGAGCUCGCCGCCAAAGGGGAGCGCGUCCUGGGCUUCGCCGAUCUGCUGUUGGACCGCAACCAGUACACCAAGGACUUCGAGUUCCGCGCGGAGCCGCCCAACUUCCCGCGCAAAGAUCUGCGAUUCGUCGGGUUCAUGUCGCUGAUUGAUCCUCCGCGACCCCAGGUGCCUGAUGCUUUGGAGAGGUGCAGGAGCGCCGGGAUUCGGGUCAUCAUGGUGACGGGGGAUCAUCCGAUUACCGCUAAAGCCAUAGCGAAACAGGUCGGUAUUAUAAAAAACGAAGAGGUGAUAGACGCUUUUAGCAUCAAUGUAAUAGAGACCCUACCUCCGAACGUUAAGAAUAAAUCUAUAGUGAUACACGGGACGGCGUUGAGGGACGCCAGUAAUCAGGAAUUGGACCAUAUUCUACAUAACUUCAGAGAGAUCGUUUUCGCCAGGACCUCGCCCACGCAGAAACUGCACAUCGUCGAGGGGUGUCAAAGGCUCGGAGAAAUCGUUGCGGUGACAGGCGACGGCGUCAACGACGCCCCGGCGCUGAAGAAAGCCGACAUCGGCAUCGCCAUGGGCAUCUCGGGCUCGGAGGUGUCCCGGCAAUCGGCCGACAUGAUCCUGCUGGACGACAAUUUCGCCUCGAUCAUCACCGGCGUCGAAGAGGGCCGGAGGAUCUUCGACAAUCUGAAGAAAUCCAUCGCGUACACUUUGGCCUCGAACGUUCCGGAAAUAUUGCCGUUUCUCGGUUUCGUGCUUCUCAACAUUCCACUUCCACUAGGUGUUAUGGCCAUUUUGUGCAUAGAUUUGCUAACGGACAUGCUGCCCGCUAUCAGUUUGGCUUAUGAGAAAGCGGAGAGCGACAUUAUGAGCCGUCCGCCGAGGAAUCCCAAGAAAGACAAAUUGGUGACCAGGAAAUUGUACUUCCUGGCUUAUGGACACAUCGGUAUGAUCGAAGCCUUGGGAGGUUUCUUCGUUUACUUCGCCAUCAUGGCGGAAAACGGGUUCUAUCCUCGCAGAUUGUUCGGGCUUCGUGAAGCGUGGGAUUCGGAGAAAGUAAACGACUUGAUGGAUUCAUUUGGACAGGAAUGGACCUACGAGCACAGGAAGGAGCUGGAGUAUACAUGUUACACUGCGUUUAUGAUAUCGGUUGUGGUCACCCAAUGGACCGAUUUGAUCGUUUGCAAAACCAGAAUUAAUUCCAUUUUCAAACAAGGUUUAGGAAACAUGGUAUUGAACAUAAGUUUAAUAUUCGAAACUGUCGUGGCCUGCAUGCUGUCUUAUAUCCCGGGAAUGCACUAUUUGAAGUUUUAUCCUAUUCUGUUCAGAUGGUGGUGUUACUCUUUUCCUUUCGCCAUUUUCCUCUUUGUCUUCGACGAAUUUAGGAAAUGGCGGCUAAGAAGAAGCCCCGACGGUUGGUACCGACGGGAAACUUAUUAUUAAUUUAUAGGAAAUUUUAAUGAGAAUAUUUUUUUCGAUGUAAUUUUUCGUAGUUGAUUCGUUUUUAUUUAUUUGUUAAUUCAUUUCACCGUUAUAGUUGUUUUUGUAACGCUUAUCAUACAUUUGUUAUAGACAUGUAAGUGAAUGGUUUCAUAAAAUUUAAAUAUUUUAAUCGAUAAAAUUAUAAUUGUGAUUAAUGGAGUGUUGAUUGAGAGAUUUAAGUUUUAUGUAACCGAUCGUUUAGGUAAUUUUAAAAUGUCUAAACCAGUAAUUCUCAUUUGUGGGUAGGUAUAGAAUUAGAAUUUCUAUAAAUAAGUUAGUUUAAAUUUAGCCCAUUUGUUCUUUACUCUCUGAGUAACUUACUAAUUUCGUAUUAAUCCGUAAUGCUUCUGAAUGUGAUAUAAUAUCCAAUAUUUUAUCUUUAUUUUCCCAAGCUUUUUAUGCCAUUCGAUUUUUGUAGUUGCCGAUGUUUAAAUAAUUGUGUCCUUUAACUUUGCACUGCAUUCAUGAAGUAUGGAAAAUUGUUAUAGAGAAAAAAUAAUAUUUUUGAUUUAAAUUUCACACUAUU